CCCCUAUAAAAGCUGAUCUCGGAGCUCGACUUGACACCAGUUGACAAUUACAAGUCGUUAGCCUAACUCCAACUCCAGUUAUCCCGCCAAAAAAACUCCACCAACACAAUGUUCAAAGUUCUGUUCGUGCUCGCCGCCUUCGCCGCCGCCCAGGCGAACGCGCAUCCCGGAGUGGUGGCCGUGGCUCCCGUGGUGGCCCACCCGGUCGUGCACACGCCCAUCAUCCAUCACGGCGCCCACUCGGUGCACUCCCACGUUGUUCAUCACCCGGCAGCCGUCAAGGUCAUCACCCCCAUCGUCCACAAGCCCGUGGUGGCGGUGCACCACGUCAGGCCGGUGGUCCCCUUGGUCCCCGUGCACCACGCAGCCCCCGCUUUGGUUGUGCAUCAUUAGGUGCAGUGAUGAAUACGGCGCCCCGAUCCCAAUCCCAAUCCCGAUACCGAUCCCUUUCCCCUUUUUCCUUUACCGCUCCCUAUCCCCACUGGACCACCAAAUCCCGCCCUGACCCACAACCGAUCCCACAAUAAAAGUUCAUAGCCACGUAA